AUGGGCCGCGUACUUCUCAAGGUUAUCAUUCUAGGAGACUCCGGCGUCGGCAAGACGUCGCUUAUGAACCAGUAUGUUAACAAGCGAUUCUCUAAUCAGUACAAGGCCACUAUUGGUGCAGACUUCCUUACCAAGGAGGUCAUGGUCGACGACCGGCUGGUUACCAUGCAGUUGUGGGACACCGCCGGCCAGGAGCGCUUCCAGUCGCUCGGCGUCGCGUUCUACCGCGGCGCUGACUGCUGCGUCCUCGUUUACGACGUCAACUCGGCCAAGUCUUUCGAGACUCUCGACUCGUGGCGGGACGAGUUCCUUAUCCAGGCUUCCCCGCACGACCCAGAGAACUUCCCCUUCGUUGUCCUCGGCAACAAGAUCGACAUGGAGGAGAACAAGCGUCAGGUCACGCAGAAGCGUGCCAUGACGUGGUGCCAGUCGAAGGGCAAUAUCCCCUAUUUCGAGACGUCCGCGAAGGAGGCUAUCAACGUGGAGCAGGCGUUCCAGACGGUGGCGAAGAACGCGCUGCAACAGGAGCAGGAGGAGCAAGUAUAUGUGGACUACCCUGACCCAAUCAGGAUCGACUCGGAGGCGUCACAGUCAUACGGCUGCAACUGCUAG